AUGUUCAAAUUCUUCGCUUUGUGCUUGAUGGCUGUUGUUGCCUUGGCUGCGGCUAAACCCGGUAUUGUUGCUCCUUUGACUUACACCGCUCCCUAUGUAGCUGCUGCCCCAUACACAGCUGCCUACACCGCUGCCUAUGCCGCCCCCUACACCGCCGCUUAUACCGCUCCUUACUACUCUGCUGCCUACACCGCUCCCUAUGUUGCCGCACCUUAUGCCAGCGCCUACACAUAUCCUUAUGCCGCUUCCUACUUGUUGCGUAAAUAGAUUGGGUUUUUAAGGAUUUGAGGAA